UUUAAUUUUCAUUUUAAUGAAUAUUUUAGAAUAUAUAUUCAAAAAAUUUAUAAAGCCCAAUAAAAAAAUAAUAAGCACUGCAGUUAUAUUAGGAGGAUUUUAUUUAUUUUAGUAGCAUUUAAACUUAAAAAAAACAAAAUCUUAAAUCAUCCCUCAAAAAGAUUAAAAAAAAAAGAAUGAGGAAAACCAAAAUCCACCUAAUCAAAGCCAAACUUUAGAUUUAAUUUAUAAUGAAACUGUGAGAGCUAGGGAUGUACCUGAUGAGUACAAAUAAUUUGUUGGUGCUGAAUAAGAUAUAGAUUUUGUACUUUAAGAAUAUGGCAUGGGUAGAAAGGAAGUCAAAGAAUCAUUAUAAAAAUAUCUGAAAGGAAUGAGAAGAGCAAGAGGAGAUGGUAAUUGCUUUUAUACUUCAUUUUGUUUUUAAUAUUUAGGUUAUAUUUUAAAUAAAGCAUCAGUUCAAGAAUUUUAAGAUUUUAUUUCAAUGGUUGAUACUCUUCCAUUUUCAGUUAUUCAUAAUAAUAUAGAGUAUGAAUAAAAUGAUGAAAUGAAAUAAUCAUUUAAAUAAUAUUGUCAGAUAAUUAGAUCUAUUCAAGAAAAUAGAAAUUAAAAUUUUUUUGAUUUGUUUUCGGAUCCUCAAGGAUAAUUCUAUGGUUUAAGUAUUAUUUUUCUUAGAAAUCUGGCUUAUAAAUUUUGUGAAAAAGAUGAUGAAACAAAAAAUCUUUUCUUAGCUCUUGAACUAGAUUUGAAAUAAUAAAUUUUGACCUGGGAAUAUGAUUGUGAAAAUAAUGAAUCUGUUAUCAAAUUAUUGUCUAAUAGCUUAAAUAUGUAUAUAAUUUAUAUGUAAUUUAGUGAUAUAAUCCUAUUUUUUAUAGACGAAGAUAAUAAAAAACUAGAUGUUUAAUAAUAUAAAAAUGAAAAUCAAAAGGCCUUAUUGGAAAUGUAUUUCAUUUUUAGACCAGGGCAUUAUAAUAUUGCUCUAAAAAAUCAAUGA